AUUUUUGAGUAAGUUGUGUGUACCCAUAUUGUAUGUAAACAUUUGACUGUACCAUAAUACUGUAUAGCAUUGUCAGCCAACAUACAUAGGUAAGUAUGCGAAGAGAUUCGGCUCAAUCGAAUAAUGGAAAGUGGAUCUAUUUAAACUUGCAAAAUUUGAUCCGAACAUACAUACAAACAAACAUUGCACGUUUUAAAUAAAUGCUUGUAAAAACUGUGCUGUGCUGAAGCUUGAAUUCAAUCAGUAGUGUUUACGAUUGCAUUCAGACCGUUGCAGAAUUAUUAAUUAAAUUGAUUUUUAAUUCACUUCCACUCCGAUAUUGGAACAAAAUGAAGAGAAUUUUCUUGGUAUCUUUGUUGGGAUUCAGUUUAUCGGGAUGUUACGGAAGAGAACCCAUAGUACCUCCACCUGGCGUGGUCCAAUUUAUGGUAUACUUCAAUGCCAGCCCACGGUCCAUAUGUGUCGGGGUCCUGGUAUCGCGCAUGGCGGUGCUGACUGCAUGCGUUUGCGUUGUUAACGUCGAUGGUGCGAUCGACACGCGGCCUAUUAACGUAAUUAUCGGGACCCACUACCGGCAUGACAUGAGAGGGAUCAGGGUGCAAGUCACUAAAAUUGUAACACCACACCUUCCUAGCACUGAAAAGUUGGGUACUAGGGCAUAUUUCAUGCAAAAAUCGGUAGCGCUACUACUGCUACGUAGGAAAGUGCCGGAUUUGCUGACAGAGGAGCCUCCACGGGCCAUUGCUAUUGACUACAAGGGAGAAGACAAGUUGCAGUUGCAGGACGAGUGCAUGAUGCUUGGUUGGCAUUUCUUCUAUACCGGGGAUAAGAUAUAUCCAGGCCCAAAAUAUAUUCUACAAAGAAACUUGCGUCUGCAGCAAUUGAACUUAGUAAACAAGGAAGUGUACUGCGACACUCUGGUGCUAAAAUACGAGAAGGCUACCGACGAUCUAGGAAAUACUAAGGAUUUCAGGAAAGACGAUGUCUUGUGUUUUAGAGACACGGACUACACUGCCCAGCCCUGUCAUGCCAUGUUCGGAGCCCCGGUGAUCUGCGGCUCGGGGCGCGUGGUGGGGAUGCUGACGGCGCCCGACGCGCAAUGGACCAACUGCACUGGCUACAGCGUCCUCGCGCACUUGGUUAGCAACGUUAGGAACCAAAAGUUCUUCGAUUGUGUUUCUCCGUUAUUCGAGCCAGAAGUGGUCGUGAAUUGGGCCCAGAUAAAACAGAACAAGCAUUAUUUGGACGACGAAGCGCAAGUCAUCAAGAGCAUGUAUGACGGCUUCCUCACAGACUAUUCGUCCUCCAGCGAAGACGAGUAUUAGGAGCGAAUAAAAUUAGAGCUAGUCGCAGAGUUUACAAGUUCUCGAAAA